UUAUUAUUAAAUUUUAUGAUAUAUUUCAUUUUUCGUUUAAAUAUUUUUCUUUGAAAUAAGAAUGAACUUGUGGUGAGACUUUCAAAUGUUUUUUUCCAAGUUGAGUAUACAUAUGUAUAUUAAAAUAAAUGUUUGACGAUUAAUAAACCUUUGGAAAAAACAUUAAUAUACGAGUAUAAGAAGAACUCGAGAAAUAACAUGUUGUAAUCAUAAAAUAAAUUUCUUGACUUUCAUUUCACUUGAUUUAAAUAACUGAGUGGAUAAUGAACGUGCGGUUUUAGUUAAAAAAAAAAUAUUAUAUAAAAAUAUAUUCCUAUAGACAUACAUUACAUAAGAGGUAAAUUAAACCCAACAUUUGUGAAAUAUGAACGACAAACCGGAUAAGAAUAUCGCAGAAUAUGCGUCACCAUUACACUCGUACGACAAGGCGCAUACACACAUUUUAAAUUUUGAAAUCGCUUCUGCAGCGGAUGGCAUUCGUUGAUUACAAUUUGGAAGCUCCAACUAACAUGUAGAGCAAGCAAGCAUUCGGUAUUUAAUUAUACGUUGUUUUUAAAUAUUAUGCGGACAAAUUAUUUUUUACUUAAUUAAAUUGAAAAGGCGAUCUUUGAAUAGCAAAUUUAUAAAGUAUGGAUUUAACUGGAGUUAUUGUUGCAUUUACCGUUAUCAAUAUAAUUGAUCUAGGCACUAGCAUCAAGUGUUUCAACUGUGCUGUAACAACGGAAAUCUUAGCUAUUGGAUAUGAUCAAAUUAUUACACCAUCUUGUUCAAAUUUUGAUGGGUCAUCAAAAUACAUCCUCGACUGUCCAUAUUCUACAAUGUGUUCCCGAAUUAUUUCAAAAAGGCAUUUGCAGAAUGGUUAUGAACAACAAACAACAACAGUUGGAUGUGCUCAGCAAAAACGUUUACGACAUGUAUUGUACAAUGGUAAAUGGAGGGAAGAAUAUUCUGUGGAAGAAGUGUAUACAGAAGAAUGCAAGACAAUGAGUGAUAGCAAUCAUUUAUUUGGUACAACAAAAACCUAUUGUUAUUGUCGUGGGGAUCUGUGUAAUUCUCCACAGCAACGGACUGUUCAAACACAUUUGUUCAAUUCUGCACAUCAACGACUUGUCUUUAUCAGUGCCCACUACAUUUUACUGUCCAUUCUUGUAAUAAAAUUAAUAUUUUAGGUCAUAAGAUUAAAAAUAAUUAUUCAGGGUUUAACUUUAACUUAUAUUUAAAAAUUAUGUAUACAUGUAUGUAUAUAUGCCAAAACAAAUCUAAAAGUAAAAUAUUUUUAUAGAUGUAAAAAAUAACUCUUACUUUCAAGUAAAACUAUACUUUGAUGUCAAAUAACUUUUAGAGAAAUAAACAAGUAAGAAAUUAUAGUCGGGCGAGGCCGACCAUAUAAUACCCUACACCUUUGACAAAAAUAUAAUGUGAUUUAGUUGCCAUAAUAAAGCAAUUAAAUUGAAUUGUACCUUGCCUUAGAUAUACAUAAAUACUUAAGCCGUUUAUUGUUGAAUAAAAUUGUGGACAUUUAAG